CACAGCACAAUAAACAGAGAAACCGCAGGAAAACGAAAAACUGAAAGAACCAAAAUGAUGAGCGCUCACUUAGUUUCAACCGCUGAACCAACCCUCCACUUCUGUGCAAAGCCCACAAACUCCGUCACAGCAAACGUUAUCUCCAGCAUUUCCUUCAGUUCCCAGGUGGCGACAUCAAGAAUUUCAGUCAGAAACCGGUCCAGGCCUGGCAGAGCCCGGAUUCAGGCCUUUUACGCGCCGGUGGAAACCCGGGAGACACUGUACCAAGUGCUGGGAAUUACGGAGACGGGAAGCAGUUAUUCCGAGAUAAAGAAGGCGUACAAGGAGAUGGCGAGAAAGUACCACCCUGACGUUUCCCCACCGGAGAGAGUGGACGAGUACACGAGGAGGUUUAUUCUGGUGCACGAGGCUUAUGAAACGCUGUCUAAUCCGGAGAAACGAGCUUCGUACGAUAGAGAUUUGGCUGCGGGGUCCGGGUUGGGGUGUUCAGCUGGCAGAAAAUCUCGACAGUAUCAUCAGGGAAUGGAGGAAAAAAGGGAGUGGAAAUAUAGGUGGGAAGUUCAAGUGGAUGAACUGAAGCGACGGCGAGAGAAUUCGAAUUCCAGAUCCAGAGUGUCUUGGGGUGCUCGAAUGCGCAGCCAAACCUCAUGAUUCAUAAUUUCAGUUUAGGAGUAGUUUUGUUUAAUUGUAAAUUCACUGUAGUGAAUGUAUAUAUGAAGUAAUUCAUAUUUUACCUUUCGGCAAUUCUGUUUUUUCAA